CAGAUAAUUCAUUUUAGAGACGUAUUUGAUCGUUGGUAUAUCACUGUUUAAGGGAACUGUCGCAGUGAAAAUGCUGAGGGAAAUAAUUGCAUUCUGUGUCCUUGCAUCUGUAACAGCUGCACCAAACAUUCAUUCUGACCUUAUUACCUGUGAGAUUUGCCAUGUGGCGGUUCAUGAUCUCCAGAAACUCGUUGCGGAAAAUGCCACACAGUUUACAGUUGAGGCGAAACUGGAAGAUAUCUGCAGCAGACUAACAUCUCACGUGGAGGACUGUCUUGGGUUUGUCAGAUCAAAGGCCCCGGACAUAUUCAAUACACUAUCACAAAAGCUGGAUCCAGAGAGUAUAUGCAUUCAGCUAGAUGUUUGUCCAAAACCAACAGAAGAUUUAGAAAGGAAGAUAUCUGAUGUUAUAAGUGAACCAACACUAGCACAGGCAAACCAGAUAGAAUGUGAAAUUUGCAAACUUUUAGUGACAGAAUUUGACAAUCUCCUGCAAGGGAACAAAUCUGAGGAAUUGGUCAUAAAAACUGUCCACAACCUCUGCAAUGCACUACCAGAUGCUUUCAAAAAAUUUUGCGAUGCCUAUGCACCGCAGAUCAUAGAACUGAUCGUCUCUGGUGUCGAUCCAAAGAAAGCUUGUGAUGAACUUAAAUUAUGCACAGAGGGAGGUACAUUAGCAGAUAAGAGCAACAAAGUACAGACAAAUCAACCGACAGAGGACCCAAUAUGUGAAGUUUGUAAACUGAUUGUAACUGAAGUGGAUUGGUACAUCAAGAGAAAUGCAUCAUCUGAGACAAUUAAUACAACCGUUAGCAAAGUCUGCAAUAAACUUCCUUCUGCAUUUAAGAUACUGUGUAACACUUUGGCCCCUGGUAUUGUUAAACACCUGGAAGCAGGAUUUGACCCUGCCUCUACCUGUGUGUAUCUGAAGCUCUGCUCCCAAAAUGCAGAAUUAGUCGAAUUCAAUCGCAAAGACGAGGCCAAUCCAUUGGAAUGUGAAAUUUGCAAACUUCUGAUAAACGAAUUGGACAAAUAUUUAAUCACAAAUGACACAAAAGAGAAAGUUGAAGAAGCUGUGAUGAAGUUCUGUGACAGCCUGCCUCCAGAAAUCAAAUCUUUUUGUGAUGAAUUCAAAGAUAAAAUUGUCCAGGCAGUUAUCGAUGGACUCACUGGAGAUGAAAUUUGCAAGGUUAUUAAACUUUGUGACGGUUCCAAACCUGAGGAUGAUUUUUCACAAGUCCCUGUUCCACAAAUCGAAGAAGCAACUAAUGAAGUUGGGGAUCUUAAGUGUGAACUCUGCACGAUUCUCAUUAACCUGUUAGACGACAUGCUUGCGAGGAAUGCCACCAUUGGCAAUAUAAAUAACACGGUGUAUUAUAUUUGUGAUCAACUUCCGGCUGACGUUAAAUCAUCAUGUGACCUAAUUGCACCAACAAUAGUUAAAAAGAUAGAAGGAGGAUUUGACCCAACAACAGCUUGUAAAGAUAUAAAACUGUGUACACAAAGUUUUUCAGGUGUUGUAGAUGAAGCCUUGGAGAAUAUUGCCAGCAAAAUCAAAGAACAAAACGCGGAAAAGAAAAUAGCCGAGGAUGCAAAAUGUGAGCUCUGCGAAUUCCUUGUAAAUAUAAUAGAUCAGGAACUGGGACAAAAUGCUUCAUUUGACAAAAUAAACAACACCAUGUACUCACUUUGUAAUCUACUUCCAACCGGCAUUAAAGCAACAUGUGAACUUAUAGCACCGACAAUAGUAAAAGAACUGGCACAAGGUCUUAAUCCACUGAAGACUUGUGAAACAUUGAAGCUUUGUACGAAUGGAACAAUUUAUACAGGACUAAUGGAAGGAUUCCGGGAACAUGUUUCUAAAAUAAUGAGAGGACCCUCUGCAAUAUCGCCUCAGGACGCAAAGUGUGAACUUUGUGAAUUUCUAGUAAAAAUAGUUGACCAAGAACUUGGACAAAAUGCUUCUUUAGAGAAAAUAAACAGUACUAUUUAUGGUCUUUGUAAUCUCCUACCAGCUACAAUCAAGGCUACGUGCAAUCUUGUAGCGCCAUCUAUAGUCUCAGAGCUGGCCAAAGGUCUGGAUCCACUGAAAACUUGCGAAUCAGUGAAGCUGUGUACAAACGGAUCUCUGAGUUUCGUUGAAAUUGAAAAAUCCGAAAAAGAAUUCAUCUCUCAAGUAGAACAAAUAAAGGAUAGUCCUGCGUGUGAAGUUUGUGAGUUCGUGGUUCAGAUCGUGGACGAAUACAUAAAGAGUAAUACCUCAGGGGAGAGCAUCAACACCACGGUCUACAAGAUCUGUGCGCUCCUCCCCGAACCUGUUAAAGAUUUGUGCAAUACAGCAGCGCCGAAUAUUGUGAAAACCAUUGAAGAUGGAGUAGAUCCGAAAAAAGCAUGCACAGAAAUUAAACUUUGCAAUAACGGGACCUAUUCUGUGACCCUGACAUUACCUGGUGUGUCAUGUGAAAUGUGUCAUGGAAUGGUGGAAGCUGUUCUUCCUCGACAGUUUACAGAACAAUUGGCCCUUAGACUGUGCGAGGUCACGUGUCCACGUGAACACGUCAGACAUAGAAGAUCAGUGGUGAAAAAAUCCUCACACUUUGUUUCAGAUCUCAUCAAUAAAGAAGAGGAAAAGUUGAAAGUUGGUGAGGAUAUUGAAUGUGAUGUGUGCAUUUGGCUUGCAGAAGCUACUAAUAUUUUCUUAGAAGACAACAAGACUGAAAACACUAUUCAAGAAUAUCUUGAUAAUAUCUGUCGUUUUAUACCAGAACCAUACAGCAAAACGUGCUUGAACACGGUGCCUUUGAUCAUCAAGGAGUUAGAAAACGGAUUUGAACCAAAGAAAUUAUGCAAAGAAAUAGUUCCAGAGGAUUGCAAAAAUGUGACUAAAAUAGUUGGAGACACACCUGAAGCUCUGAUGUCAAUGGUCCCCAAAAGUGACCAAUCCGAUGAGAAAUGCGACUUGUGCAAGAAAGUCGUAAAGACUCUUGUAGAUUCACUGGGUAAAGAUGACUGUUCCACUUUUGUCAAGAAGGAAUACUCAGUGAUAGUUGGCAAAAUCAUUCAAAAGCUUUUGGAUCCAACGACUGUUUGUGAGAUGGUCAAUGUUUGUCCAAAGGAGUAA